UAACAUCAUAGCAUGCAACAUGCUGAAAUGCUGAAUAGUUCCUGUAUAAAUGUUGUACCCUGGAAAUGUGAUGAAGAGCAAGGCUGAGCACAUGGAGAAUUAAUCAGUCAGUGCCUAGAAGGGCAGUUAUAUGUAUCUGAAUGUGGUAUAUUGAUCAUCUGGCCAUUUGUUUAAAUAGAAAGCAGAGUUGUGCAGAAUGGUAUGGCAUUGCUAUUAUUACCAGGAUGUGUUCAUGGCCUCAGAAUGAGUCACAAACUUCUCUUCACAUAUAUAUGGGCCAGAGGCAUGAAAGCGAAAUUUCCUUAGUCCUGUUCAAGCAUGUCCAUUCUGAAUUUUCCUGGAGAUGGUGAACUGGUUUUCUGCUAACAUCUUGCUUUACUUUCCCAAUGGUGAAACAAGAUUUGCUUCAGAACAUCAGCUUAGCAAGUAUGUGGCGUGCCUUCAUGGAAUUAUAGGAGGAGGGAUUUUGAUAUUCCUCCCAGCUGCAGUGUUCAUUGGACUAGAAUACGAUAAUUGCUGUGGAUGCCGCGGGCAUGAGAACUGUGGGAAAAGCUGUGCAAUGCUGUCCUCUGUUCUGGCCGCCUUCAUCGGAAUCCUGGGGUCCGGCUACUGUUUCAUCAUUUCAGCUUUAGGUUUAUCCCAUGGCCCUUACUGCCUCUCUGCUGUAGAACAGAACUGGGUCUAUCCUUUCACUAACUCCAGUGGAGGGUAUCUGCUUGAGCGUGACAGGUGGUCUGAGUGUCGGGAGCCAAGGAAUAUCGUGGAAUGGAACUUGACCCUCUUUUCCAUUCUUCUGGUCUUGGGGGGAAUUGAAUUAAUUCUGUGUUCCAUCCAAGUAAUCAACGGUUUUCUCGGAGGAAUAUGUGGGGUUUGCUGUAAUCGGGAAGAGAAAUACGUUUGCUAGAACAUUUGCAACUGAAAAUGGGCUAAAAUCACUGUAAUUAUAUCUUUGUGGUAUUCUGUAAAACAUUUAUUUGAAUGUCUUGUUUUAUAUUGCACAUACUGUAAAUUAUAAAGAGAACAGUUUAUUCAUGUUACAUUUCUUCUUGCCAAACUAUGCACUGUCACCAUUAAUUCACAGAUUGGGCCAGGUUCUGUUCUUGGAAAGAUGUGCAGGAUUCCCAAAGAACACAAUAGUUAUUAUGUGUUUGCAGCUGACAGCAGAAUUUGACCUACUGUGAUUUUUGUCAUUAUAAACAUAUACCUUGCAUACAAGGAUUUCAUUGGUUUAUUUAAACAUAGUGCAAGUAACUGAUUGAUUAAUUGUGUUGAUGGGGUACAGUUUCUCACUACAGGCACGGUAGUUCUUGAUUUUCAUACAGAAGCUGUUUUUUCCAUUAGUGUUCCAUUGCCAUCCUGACCCUGAAGCCCCCAGUAGGAGCUGUCACUCACAGAAGGAAUGCUGCUUUAAUUGUGUCAAACCAAAAACCACGAAUACCAUGAAUACUUUCGGUAUUCAUCUAGUCUAACAGAAAAUACAGAUAGUGCCAACUAAUGGACAGACAAGGGUAGACACAUACUGAGGGGCCCUAUCUCCCCAGGGAAGAGGUGGAGAUAGAACAGCAGGAAAAAAAGACAAGUCUGAAGAAAGGAAAAUGGGGAGUUGGGAGGGGAGUAGUAACUUGGAUUGUUUCAAACUUCUUUCCCUCUCUAUUUGACAAUAAAAUAGAAUAUAUA